UUGCACAUAUUGCGUGUCAUUUUGUAGCUCCUUUCCCAACUUGGAAAAAACAUCAACAAUUUUCCCUUCUUUUCUGCUCGAAUUCGCCACUUUGUUAUCUUGAAAAUGCCACUUUUUUUACUUUCUACUCCGUAUUUUAUUUUAUUGGUCUAUGAUCUUCACUGUUGCGCUCGAAUUCACUGUUGUAACUGACGGUGCGAGCAUGAAAGAUUAGGGCUUUUUUCUGCUCCGUGGAUUAUCCUACUCAUUGUUACAGAGCAUGAAAGAUCCUAUUAACUAGCCUUGGCUUUCUUUCUUUCCUUCUUUGCAAAAUCAGAAAGCUUUUACACCCUUUUUCGCCAGGUUAGGGAAUAUUAUGAUUAUUCAUUAUUAUCGCUUUAUUUUGUGGUUUGAUUUGGAUCUGGUCAUGAUGGAUAAUUUUUAUACUUCUCUACAGGACUGAACGUUUCUGGGUUUUCAAUUCGUAUUUAGACUGGACAUGACAACUGCCCAUUGUAGUUGAAUAAGAUUUUAGGAAUAAAGAAUUCCUGGAGUCUAAAUAUUCCCUUUUUUGGAGUAUACAUAUGGAUGGAAUAAGAGAUCUCGAUCAUGGGACUUCACUGAUUUCAGCCAAUGAGGUGAAUUUGGAAGAAGAUAAAGAUGACUUUAGAAGCUGUUGUGGAGAUGUAGAGUUGGAGCUCGAGCUGAUUUUAGCUGAAGAUGGUGAUGUUGAACUGGAAGAGGGAAGUGAAAUAUCUGAUACAGAUUCCAGUGAAGGUGAGGAAUCAGCAGAUGAGCUACUGGUAGUGGUGGGUGGAGAACGUGAUGAAGAAGAGGACGAGGAAAAGGCAAGUGAAACCUCUGAGAUACAUCUUGAAGAACAACACUCUGAGAGGGACUUGAAGGAGAAGCAGGAAUUAAUGAAGCUGGUUGUAGAGGAAGAAGGUGAAGAAGUGAAGGAGGAUAAGGAAUUGAAGACUGAAAACCAUGAGAUUGUUCUUGAUGAACAUGCUGUUAAAUUGUACUUCAAAGGAACUUCUGUAAUUAGCCCUGGAGACUCUGGGUUAUCUGGGAUCGGAGUGGUUAUGGAGAGUACAAGCACUACUCCCAUGGAAGUGCAGAAAAAGCUUGAAUUCUUUGUAGAACAGUUGGCUGCAGAUUAUUUAGCCUUAAUGGACGGGCUUGCACAGGCUGCUCGUAACAAAAUUAGGCGAGUACAUGCUAUUACUGACUCUGAAAUUUUAUAUAAUCAGAUUAUGGAUAAAAAGGACAUUGAGAACCCACUUCUAAUGGCAAUGAGGCAAAGAAUAUUAGAAUAUGCCAAUGACUUGGAACUAUUUGCUAUAAAAGUUGUUGAGAGUAGUAGUACUCUUGCAAGAGCAUUGGAGCUUGCUCAAGUAGCAAUAGGGGUUGUCUCCCCGUGUUUGAAGGAACAAGAAUCAACAGAAAUCUGUUCUAUAUGCUGUGAGGAUAAGCUUGGAUUGAUGAUGAUGACUUUGAAAUGCUCCCACAAAUUCUGUUCCCACUGCCUGAAGGCUUAUGUGGAAGGGAAAGUAGAAUCCGCACAAGUUCCUAUUAGGUGCCCUCAUCUGAGCUGCAAGUAUUACGUGUCUGCUGCAGAAUGUAAAUCUUUUUUGCCCGUUUUUUCAUAUUUAUCUCUGGAGACAAUGCUUGUGGAAGCUAAUGUUCUCAAUGCAGACAAAGUGUACUGCCCGUAUCCUAAUUGUUCAGUUCUUCUUGACCCUCAUAAAUGCUUUUCAAUAAGAGCUAGCUCAUCCGAUGAUAGCAGUUGUGUGGAGUGCACGGCCUGUCAGAGGUUUGUUUGUGUGGAUUGCAGGGUCCCGUGGCACCCUUCAAUGACAUGUGAAGAGUACCAAAAUAUCAUGCCUGAGGAAAGGGAUAUUGAGGGUAUCACUCUGCACCGUCCGGCACAAAAUCCAAGGUGGAGGAUUUGUUUACAUUGCCAAAGGAUGAUUGAGCUCACACAUGGCUGCCACCACAUCUUUUGCCUGUGUGGGCACGAGUUCUGUUUUUCAUGUGGGGGGGAGUACAGGAAUGGACGACAGAGUUGUGAAUGUGCAUUGUGGGCCGAAGAUUAUAAUUACAGUCACAGUUAUAAUUAUAACUAUAAUUAUAGUAACAAUUCACGGGAGUUGGCACAACAGUUUGGUGAGCACUGGGCGUGGGACUCUUUCGAGUCCCUCCCCAUGAUCAUGGACGCCUAUUCAGAUGAAGAGAGAUCCCAACUUGAACUGAUCCAGAGGUUUCUUGCAGGAGGCUUCAGUCUGACCACCGCCGAUCACCAAUCCCCCACUCCUCCACCACACUCUUACACUGACCCAAUGAAGGAUCUUCAUCAGCUUCCCUGGCUGGAGCGGUUCGUUUCUCUCAUCAAUGACAACAAUUACUAUGAAGACAUAUACCAAUGAUGAGCUUGCCCGGUGACAAAGCCUCCAGAAUGAAUAUAAAAUAAAAUUUCCCUUGGGAUUAAGUGUUUCAUAAUGUAAGUGGUUUGGUGGUAUGUCUGGAGAUACAGAGUAUCUCACUCUGGAGAUUCUCCGUUUGUAGAUUAUAUUUAUCAUCUCAUUUUCCUUUUUUCUUUAGACUUUUUAUUACUGUUAACAUAGGGAAAAUAUGCGCACUUUCUUUUAUUGGAAGAAAGGUAAGUGAGAUCAUACAUAUUACAUACCAAUAACAAAAACAUGUUUCAUGAACUAAAGAGCUCCAAUGAAACUAAUUUAGAUGGUUCU